CUACAAAGCCUGCCGUGCUUUAUUGUCGUCCUCUGGACGCAUAAAUCCUGCCUGCCAUAGUCGCAUCUCCAUCCCAUUCAUUCAUUGUCUCUCGCCUGUUCAUGUUUCAUUGUGUGCUUGAGUUUUAGAGAGUGAGUGAGAGAGUGAGAGAGUGUGGUUCUGAAUGGUUGUUUGAAGAGGAAGGCCGAGGUGGAGUAGGGGUGGGGAUUGCGAGUAAGAUUGAGAGGAGUUUGCCUUCUGCUGCUUGUUAUUUCUUAUUUGUGCGCAUGAGCAGCAUCCCAAAGUCGUAAUAGUAGUAAUAGUAGUAGUAGCAGUGGUAGCAGUCGUCAUAGCCUUAUCCACACAGGGCCCCUAUUUUGUGUGCUGGGUGCUUGUCCACAUUGUCGCUCCUGGCCUGCAAUCAGUUGCAACGAGGGCCCCAUGUCAUGCAGAUGACUGGUGGGGGUCAGGUGUUUCGUAUCGUAUCACACCACAAUCUCAAUCUCAUUCCUCGUUUCUGAGUCUUGGUUUUCUUUUCUGGUCAGUCGUUGGGUUGAAGUGUGAGGGGGGGGGGGGGGGGGGGGGGUUGUUGGAGGAGCUAUCUUUACAUGUAUAUUUUGCUUAGUGAAGGAUGAGCUGUGAGUGAGAGUUUGAAGAUGAAAUUGGUAGGGGGAGUCUAAUGCUGUUGGGGAAUUGGGCAUGAUUAUUUGUUGCGCUUGGUUAGAGGCUGCGGCGAGGAACAGGUGAUACUUGUUGUCGAGAGGAGAUUUGUUGUUUUCUUUUGGUGCUGCUAUGGCAGAGGGGAGAUGGGAAGGCGUGCUACAAGUCUGUUGCAGUGGCUCCAAUAGCCACACGCGCGUGACGGCGUCUCUAUGCUACUCACCGUCAACUGGGACUCUUCUGUCGCCCUCAAGGAACGUGGUAUUCUAUGUGGGCGAUCGGGUAUCAGGAACAGGAAAUUCAGAAAUUGAGCGACUCUCCCAACCGAAGAACAUCGCUUCAAUCUUGGUGUCUAAGCUUGGCCCUUCCAUCAACGCUUGGAUCAUCGAGCCUUCUCAUUACAGAAGCUCCUCUGCUUGCUAUGAAAACCUCUUGCCGUCCCUCACAGCCAAAGGGGAACCAAAGGGAUAUGAACCGAAGGAGUUGCCGGCAGCUCGUGCGACGCUCUCUAUCCUCCAGAACUGCCUAGCUCAGGUGAACACGAAACUGGGCACGGAGAGCCUGGCAGGUCAGCGAGAGCGAGUGGCAGUUGGGAAGCAAUCCGAAACUGACAUAGUUAACGGAACAUUCCUAUGUGGCCAUGGGUUUGCCACUCCACCCGUGGCAAACCUGUCUCCGAGGAUGAAGAAAUGCCCCCAGACAUCCGUGUUCGGCUUCAGCAAGGGCGGCGUGGUGCUCAACCAGCUGCUAGCGGAAUUGACGCAUUUUGAAGACUUAGUGGAGGAGGGCAAAAUAUUCAACAAGAAAAGCUGGCUUAAUCGCAAUGUUUCGAAGGUUUCCUCUGGAAAACCUGCUAAGAUUGAGGGCUCUUUGAGGACCAUGGACUCUCCUGAUGAGAAGGUGAAGGAUGUGUUAAGCGGGUCGGCUCUCUUUCCUGCAACAGUGGAGGAUUUCCUUCGAGGUGUUGCCGAGGUCCACUACGUAGACGUGGGCUUGAACUGUCCAGGUGCAUACCAAACUGACGCCCAUGUGCUGGAGGGCCUUGCAAGAGCAUCCCGAGCACGUGAGGGAGGUCUUCUGGUGGCGUUUCACGGCACCCCGAGACAGUGGUGUGACCUUGGGCGACGCUGGGUUGCAAACGAGAAGAACACAUGCAGAGAAAUCCUGCAGGAUGCUGCAUCCCGGCACGGCACAGCUGCCAAACUGCGCGUUGCGGAGACCUUGUACUUCUCCCACCGUAAGGCUAGCAUGCAGAUGCAUUUUGAGAUCAUCGAGGCACUCAUCGUGAGCUCGUCCUGACUUCUCUGGGCGAUGAACGCGACAUGAGCCCUAGUUGCCCGCUUGUACAUUACGAAAUUCUUUCCUAAUGAGCGACACAUCGUUUUCUCUACGAUUUCAUGUUCCUGAGCCUCCCGAGUUGUGCUCACCACUGCCCAAUCUCACUGCAAAUGUGACCUUAGUAUACUAAACCCGCAGAUUCCUUGCUUAUGCUGCGUCCUCUACCUUCAGCAAUCCUGCUGCAACUCUUGUCCAGAACUGUGAACAGAUUCCUGGGUGACCCAUCUCGGUGUAACCAGCAGUAGCAGUUCGAAGACACACAAGCCAACUUCCUCGCUUAGAGACAACUGUAGGCAAGUCCAGCAGUCAAUGCCAGAUGAAUCAAUUAGACUCUGAAAUCCACAGUUUUCUGGUUACAGACUAAUCCAUUUCUACUCUUGAUGGUGUGUUGAUCUGUUUUUAUCAGAAGACAUUCAUGUGUGUUUUCAGGUCUAGUGAUCCAAGUCUUCGAAGUGCUCAGGGAAAGCAGUGUUUUUCCCUUCUUUUGUGAAUAUCUUAGGAAUAAAGAUAAAAUACAUUAAUGUUAAAAGGAUCAUGCAUCAACCAAAAGUUGCUUGUAAAAGCACAUGAAUGUUUAAUUA